CUGAUCGAUCAGCUGGUCGUAAAGAUCAACAAUUUUAACAUGGCUGACCAUUUCCAAAAAACCAUGAGAGCAGGUUUCAUGAACUUUCCAAAAUGGAAGUCGGAAAAGUUCGAUAUGAGCACAUCUGAUCCGGUCAACUCUUCCGAUUUCAAAUUCGACUUUCGGAUUGUUGGCCUCCGUCUGGAUUUCUGGUGCGGCGCUGAGAAUGGGAAGGCUCCAGAUAUGAACGAUCCCAAACAGGCUAGGUUUUAUAAGGAUUGCUGGAAUGGAGAGGACAUUGGGAGGAGGUUGACGCAUAGCGAACAUGCGCGCGUUCUUCAGAUCACCAACGACAUCAAAGUCCUCAUCACUAAAAUCGUCAGCAAGCUAUCGGCCAAAGAAUUGAGCCUCAAUGGAUUCAAGCGACCUCAACCUUACCCUCCUAUUCCUUCUAUCAUCCCACCCGCCGAACACAACUCGUCAUUCAUCCACGGCCCGGGGGGUGCUGAUAACGAUGAGGAUGACGACGACGACUACUACGAGUAUAAUGACGACAAUGACGACGCGUAUGAUUUUGAUGAUAGCGAUGACGCCGAUAACGAGUAUGCUUAUAAUAAAGAUAAUAAUAAUAAUAAUUAUAACAAUAAUUACAAUAAUAAUUAUGAUAGUAAUAAUUACUUUGACGAAUAUGAGGAGGGCGGUUUUAGCGGCUCGAACCUGCCGUCUCGGUUCGAAAACGGUUCUUUUGACGGUAAUUAUACCGACGAAAAUUAUUCAAUAACCGACGAUGAUGAUGGCGGCGAUGGGAAUGGGAAUUAUGGUAACGGAAAUUAUGAUGAUGAUGAUGAAGACGGGUUUGACGACGGAAGCGGAAGUGGAUAUAACAACAACAACAACAACAAUAAAUAA